AUGGCUGGCCCGCACCGUCGAACGGGCACGCCGCCUAACCUGAAGCGCGUCAAAGCCGGAAAAGACUCGGACGCUGAGUACUGGUGUGACAAGUGCAAUCGGUCCUUUGAGCGUUCAGAUCACUACGCUCGUCAUAUGCAUUCUCACGAAGAUCUGCGACCCUAUCGCUGUCCCCUUUGUCCUAAGGCGUUCAACCGGGGGGACCUUUUGUAUCGACACAAGCAGGCCCAUCUACGCAAAGGGGCUUCCCGGACUAGGCGUGCUAGUCGCGCAUGCCAAGCAUGUGUUCGGAGCAAAUCCAAGUGCAUAGACCAGAAGCCCUGUCAACGCUGCUUGAGUCGGGGUGAGCCUUGCUUGCCAUCAGUGAAAGAUGCCAAGAAUGCCUCUCACUGGAAUCAAACCCCUGAGAUUAUUUCCACCCCAAAUCCUCCUCCGGCCAUUUCCAACGAAAAUGACGGGAAUUUUGGUGUCUCAUCCCCGUCAGCCAUGGUGGAGCCACCACAGUCCUCUGAAUCCCAUCAACAGUCCAUGGUAGAUGAGGUGACAGCAGGUUCAGCCUCACCGCUGGGACCCGCGCUUACAGUUGAUUGCUUGGCGUCUACCUAUGCAAAUGGCUUUUCUUUUACUGAUGCGUUCUUACUUCCACCCGCGACAGGCGAGCUGGAUGGUGGGUGCUUUGAGCUGGACCUCGACACCCUUCAGGCGUUGAUGCAGCCUAUUCCAAAUGACGUGCAACCGUCUGUCCCAACUGAAGGAAGCGGGCCGACUCAUGCUAGUCCAGCCUCUUCGCGGUUUGAGUUUUUCAAGAGAUCCCCUUGGCUAUGGGCGCCAGUGCAUGUCGACAAUGCAUAUGCCGGACAGGAGAGUUUGCGGGUCAAUGAAAAGGCCGUUGACUCGAUGUUGCGGAGAAGUCAGCAGUGCUUCUUUACCGGGAAAUUCACCCCGACAGUACUUGAUUCCAGUUGUCGGGACCGAAUACUGUUCAUGAUCUACAAUACUCCACAUUCCAGCGUCCCAUUGCAGGCAUUUCCCUCGGAGUCUUAUCUGGAUCGCAUGGUUCAGGUCUAUUUUGGUUGGCAAAGCCUAGAACCAGCAAGCUGGAUUCAUGCCCCGUCAUUCUCCGUUACUGAGUGUCACACCGAGCUCUUGGCUAUUAUCAUUGGCGCUGGGGCUUCGUCGAUAUCAAUCGAUAGCGUAUGCAGAAUGGGCUACGCUUUGCAAGAGCGAUCACGUCUUUCACUCUCGGCAUCGAUUGAAAAAGAUAAUAGCCGGGUCCGAGGCCUCCAGACUAUCCAAGCAUAUUUGCUUUGGGUCUCAGUUAGCCUGUGGAGUGGAUUUAAGCGUAACAUGGAAGUUGCCGAGACAUUUCUAUCUGCGCCUGUGACUAUGCUUCGUCGCUACGGUUGCUUCUCACGCACAUUAUAUGCUCAGUCUAUUUACCCCCGCCUGGAGGAUGACCCUCAUACCACUGAAGCAAAGUGGCGUGCAUGGGUCAAACAAGAAUCACUGAAAAGAACGGCUAUUUUCGCCGUGCUAACUGACCUUCGGUGCUCGAUGGCAUACCUGAAGCCUCCCAACUGCUCGGUCACGGAGCUUUCAUGCCCACUUCCUCUUGCUCGAGAUAUAUGGCUAGCACCCUCAGCAACUGCUUGGAAGGACGCCAUGCUCUCUUAUGGAAUAAAUCUUGACGAACGUCCCUCGUGGCUCGCGAUUGCCCAGAACCCAUCCGUGCUUGACAACCUGCCCAUUUAUUACGAUAAGCCUCUUAUUGCUCAGGUAGCAAUGCACGGCUUCUGGUCUCAGGUUUGGGCGUAUCAAGAGUCUCAACGUUUUUUCCGAGCUAGUGGCCAACUUUCCAUCCAAGCGACAACCAUCCUAUGGCUAUCCUGCCAACAUGAAGAUCUGGCCAAACGCAUAGGAAUCGCACAACAAGCCCUCUCAACCCAGGGGCCUGAUCCUUCACGUAUCCAGAUGGUGGCAGAGUUCUGCUUGAUGGCCCUCAACGUGUCCCCUCGAGAGUUACAACGGUUCGCAGGAAGACUUGGGGAAGAGGAGGCUGCUACUACCCAUCAUCUCCUGCGGGAGUGGAUGGUCGGGCCGGAAUUCAAGACCGCCGUUUGGCAUGCGGGUCAGAUUCUGCGAAUUGCCAGGUCCGCACCUGCAGCUCCAACUACGAGAGUUCUCGGCAGUCGUGGUUUAUCAAGCAAGUCUCACAUUGUGGGCGUACGGUCUCUUUUCAAUAAGCAUGACUAG